AUGACCGACUCUAGAGACGGUAUUGUGUUCCAUCUAGCAGCUUUCUUGAAUAUUGGCCCAGUAUUCAAACUCUUAGGACCAGAAACUGAAUAUUUGGCCAGAGAACAAGACAUGAAUGGGCAUCUUCCCAUUCAUAUUGCGAGCAAGAGGGGUUGUGUUGAUCUAAUCGAGAAGCUACUUCCAAUAUCAGCUCCAUAUAACAGAUAUGAUGCUGGAAAUACACCUUUACACUUGGCAGCAAAGUAUUCACAACCUGCCGCUUUGAUUCCUCUUAUGCUGGAUAAAAGAAUUAAUCCCACCUGUGUCGACCACAAAAGCUUGACUGCUUUUACCAUUGCUCGAAAUCUAUCCAUAAGGGAGCCUACAUCACGGAAGCCAGGGGUCAAUGUGGAAAAUUUUGACCACUGGCCAUCCUCGACAAUUGAUAAAACUGCAGCUGUAGGUAGAGACUUAUGUGUACUUAGGCCAGAAGCUCGAGAUGAGGCGUUUUCAUACACCUGGCGCAAAUCGAAGUUCAACAUAAAUGACCUGAAGUAUGUGGUUAAUGCCCAUCUGCUGGUGGCGACGCUUGUGGCCACUGUGACUUUCGUAGCUGGUUUCGCAGUUCCUGGAGAAUUUAACGGCUCGGACGCGGCCUUGAAAGAUGACCAGGGCAUGGCUACUAUGCUGGACAAGAGAUUGCUCUAA